AAAUUAUAUAUCAACAUUUUAAAAAUAUAAAUGUUUAUAAGUUGAAUCAUAUUUAUACUUAUCUAUACAAAAGUUUUGGAAAUAAAUUCUGACUCCGGAAUUAACAGGGUGGUAUAAGAACAAAUCGGAUGAUUUAAAUAUUGACGCAAAAUUUGUGGUGUGAAUUUCUUUUUACAUUAAUCUCAUGAUUAAUUGUUAAACGAGAAUUUAUUGUAAUUAUCAAAAUAAUGGACAAUACCGUUUACACAAUUUCCCCUUACCAUCAACCUUCUUUACCUAACUUCUCCCAUUACCCUCCAUGGUUACACAUGCAUCACGAAAAUAAAUCUGCAUCUAAUGAUCUUAUACAACUUUUCCCUCUAUUUCCUGUUAGGGAUGUAAGAAACAGCAUGAUUUCUAACGAUAAGAAUCUUACGACAUUCGAAAAUUAUAUUGACCUUCAAUCAAGUAUAAGGCAUAAAGAUCAUCCAUUCGCUAAUCUCAAGGACCUUGAAUUUAGGGAUAAUAUCUACAAUAAUUGGGCAUACAAAUAUAUAGAUGUGCGAAGAUUCAGGAGAAAUAAUAAAUCUAUUAGAUCUAAGCGCUCUAACCCGACAAAUGAGAGUCAGGCAAAAGAAGGGGCAAGAAUUUGGUGGAUAGCAUUGUAUUCAUUGGUCAUUGUAAUAGUCACAGCUGCCAACAUCAUCAACAUAACUGUCAUAACUAGCUGUAGCAAAUUGAGAAAUUCCACCAAUUUUUACGUGCUUUCCUUAUCUUGCGCAUAUUUAUUAACAGGCAUGGUGACGCUCCCGGCAUACCUGAUUCAUUAUUUUUUAGAACACUCAAAUGAAAUCACGUACUGCCGACAAAUGAUAUUCCUAAACUUUACCAAUACUAUAUCUGGCCUAGUAACAGGAUAUUCGAUAAUGGGGAUAGCUUUGGACAGAUAUUAUGCUGUUAUGAAACCCUUCAGCCGUCGGCUUACUCAGAUUUACGUUUGGCCUAUCAUAAUAAUUAUAUGGAUAGUCUCCGGCAUGGUAUCGGUUCCUAUCGUCGUAAUAAUGACUCGCAGGCUACAAAUUCUGAAAAAUAUUGUUAUCCAACAAUCCUAUGAUGGCAAGUUAACACAGGUUCAUUCCACUCUAGAAACCAUCAUUCAUCAGCUAAACAGCCAGAUUAAAGGAGAAGGAUUGAACGUUACCCUGGCAGCCAGAAUUAAGAACUUGACCAAUUCCAUAAAUGCCAGCAGUUCUAAGGAUACCCUAAAUUUUCUCACUCAAAUUCGGGAAAAUCAUAGCAACCAAGCAACGGGGUGCCCUUUGGGACUUUUGGAGUCCAAAAUAUUGUUGUAUUUUCAGGUCACGGUAGGGUGCGCCAUACCCAUACUAGUCACUAUUCUUUUAUACACAAACAUGGCCUGCAGACUUUGGAAAUCUCUCAAUAAGAAUGGGAUGUCAUCUUAUGCAAAUGCGCCCCCUACAGUGAUAGCUUCAAACAUUCAAUUCUUAAGCAACAAAUCUAAUAGAUUUAAGAAAACCAAGAAAGCCAAAAGUAUUACAAAAAUAUUUGAGAAAUCUGAAAAUAACGGAAAAAAUAUUUGUAUACCACUGUUAAACUACUUGAAAUGUUUACCCGGCUCAAACCAAAAUGUUUCAAUUAAAGAAGAAAAUCCUAAUAUUAUUAGUCCCGAAAUGGUAAAUAAUCGAAUGUUAUCUCCUAAUUUUUACCUAAAUAACAGUUUGGCUAGUUCCUUCUCAAACGAACACAGCAAAACAACUACCCUUUCCAACUCAAUCGUUGAGACAACUUCUAAACAAGGAACUCCCAGCGACGAUUAUGCAACAAAUAUUCAAAAUUGGAUACAUAAUAAUAAUGAUAUAAAAAAUACGAAGAAUUCACAGAAGAAAAAUUUGAUUCCAUCCUCAAAGAAUGUUAUGUUUUUUUCUAAAUCACCCAUGAUAGCGUUCGAACAUGAAUCAACUAGUCAUUUCUUUCCAAGAGAUUUAAAUUAUAAUAAUUCCGACGAUAAAUUGGCUAAAAACAAACAAACACGGCGAUCGACGUUCUUUGCGAGUAAUUCCUUUGCCCGAAAAUUUUCGGAUUACAAUUUUCCAUUUCACAAGAAAAACUUCUCUAUUUCAAAAUCAAGCCUGCAAAAAAUCAGGGAAGCCUCCGUUGACUACACUGCUCCUUAUAACAUAUCUGCAGCUGAAAAACAUAGACAUCUAAGAAAUAAGCAGGCUGCUAAGAUGGUCAUAACCCUAGUCAUUCUCUAUUUGGCCUGCAAUAUUCCUUUCUACAUAUUUUCGGCUCUAGGAAUUCGUGGAGUGAUUACGGAUUCCACCUUGAUUCACAUACAUAAUCUGUUCAUUCACACUGAUCACUGGUUACAUUUGGCAAUUUAUUUAGUGUUUAACGCUAAUUUUAGAGCUAUAUUCGUUAAAAGAUUUAUCAAAUGCCAAUGGCCAUCAUUCUCCAUUAAGGGUUGUUACGAAUCAUUUGUUCUAAGGUGCAAUAAUUACUUCAACAAACAUGAAUUUACGUACGUACCAACAGGUAAAUCAUUUUCCGACGAUAGAACCAACAAAAGUUUUAAGGGGGAUAAAAGUGAAAAAAUUAUAAAAAGGAAUAAGCAUGAAGUCGUUGAACGAUCCAACUAUUUUUCGGUCUACGAAGAUUGA